AUGAAGCUGCUGCCGUCGGUGGUGCUGAAGCUCUGUCUAGCUGCAGUGCUCUCGGCGUCGGUGACCGGAGAGAGCCUGGAGCGGCUCCGGAGAGGGCUGGCGGGUGGAACCAGCAACCCGGGAUCGCCCACUGAAGCUGCGGACCAGCUGCUGCCCCCCGGAGGCGGCAGAGGCCGGGAAGUCCUGGACUUGGAAGAGGCCGGCCUGGAUCUUUUCAGAGCUCCUUUCUCCUCCAAGCCACAAGCUCUGGCCACACCCAGCAAGGAAGAGCGCGGGAAAAGGAAGAAGAAAGGCAAGGGGUUAGGGAAGAAGAGAGAUCCAUGUCUUAAGAAAUACAAGGACUACUGCAUCCACGGAGAAUGCAAAUAUGUGAAGAAGCUCCGGGCUCCAUCCUGCAUUUGCAACCUGGGUUACCACGGAGAGAGGUGCCAUGGGCUGAGUCUUCCGGUGGAAAAUCGCUUAUCCACUUAUGACCACACAACCAUCCUGGUUGUGGUGGCCGUGGUGCUGUCGUCCGUCUGUCUGCUCGUCAUUGUGGGGCUUCUCAUGUUUAGGUACCAUAGGAGAGGAGGUUAUGAUGUGGAAAAUGAAGAGAAAGUGAAGUUGGGCAUGACUACUUCCCACUGA